CCAGCCGUUGGGCCACCCGAACGAGCAGGGCCCGGGAGCCCGCUCGCCCUCCGCCCCGUCCCCUCUGGCCUCGAUGGCCGCGCUCCUMCUUCUCCUCCUGCAGCUGCUCGCCUGCUGCCGCCGGGACUCGGCGGCGUCCCCUGUCCGCCUCCAGCCGUCACCCCUGCGGGUCAGCUGCCCGGGCCCUCACGGCCAAGUCUCCCAGCGACAGGACAACGAGCACAGGGUGUCGUGCCUUUGGGAAAGUACCGUGACCCUGCAUUACCAGCCCGCCCCGGGAGCGGGGCCGGAGGUGGAGGGGGAAGAGGGGCAGCCACCAUCCCCACCUUGCUGCCUCUGGUACCUGAACUCGGCUUCUGUGAGGAACAUCUCACGYUGGUCAGGCCAGGUGGUGCUGCAGACAGGACAAGCUCCCUCACUCGGGUCCUCCAGGCUUCUUACAGUGCAGUGCUCGUCUGCCUCCUGCGCUGCUCCCGAGUGCUUUCACCACAACGUCAGCGUCGAGAUCUUGGGGCAGGAUAUGCGGCUGUUUGUGCUUUGGCCGCAGACACACUUUAUCCGCAUGUUGCAGAAGGUGGAGCUGGGCUGGUGUGCGCGCCUCAUGAGUGCCGGCUGGCAGUACCGCUUCAGCAGCGAGGGAGGCGUGCCCUCGACCCUUCUCCUUCCCAGCAGCGAGUACCAGGACACACCAUCGCCUGCCAUCUACCCAACAGUUGAGUUGCAACACACCUGUGCCACCUACUACAGCUACCGCGUGACUGUGUGCUACGAGCGCCCYGGGAUCCACCUUGCUUUGGUCAGGAUCGAGCAGAUGCCUCACGUAAACCUCAGCCUGUCUCUCAAGGUGGAGCCUGACUUGCUGCAUGUCCUCAGUAUCAGCUCCAAGCUCCUUAGUGUUCUUCAGCAGCCCCUCAGCUUAUCCUGGUGGCUUCAGCCCCUUACCCUGAGUACACUUGCCUACAGACUGGUGGACACACAGGCUGCAGGAAGUUGGCUCCGUUCCUACAGUUCAUUUACACUGCCGAGCAACUUCUGUGCCAUUUCUACACCUCACAACCUGGAUGAGAUAGUGGUGGCCAGCAUUUACUUCCAUGUUGAUGGAAAGAGGUUUGAGAAAUUGAUGGGUGAAGUGCACUUGCUCAAUGGUACCCUGAGCUUAACUGCUGGCAAAGAAAUUCCCAUCCAUGUCAACCUUAGCCCAGAGAAGACCAACAGAAGCACGUACAUUUUCAGGUACAACCAGGGAACAUUUCAUACUUCUAAAGAAAACAACACUAUUUCCACAGAUCACCCUAACACAUGCACUGUGUUCUACCAAUACAAGGAGCUCUCCUACUURCUCACCAUAGAGUUUGUGGCCUUACAGUGGUACAAGUUCAAUAURUACCUUUAUAUGAAUCAGAAGAGGGCUUUGAUUAGGUCUCUGGCAGAAAGAGACCUUGACAUCCACAUUUUCAGCAGUGGCCGUCUUUCUUUGCUGCAGAACUUUAGUUAUUUAGUAUGGUUUAUCCCUGCGCAACAUCCACUGCUACAGUGCAAGUGGACCUUCUAUCUGCAGCUUUUUGACACACAAAAAGACCACAUUGUCCAGAGUAGCACAUACACAUACAACAACCACAUAAAAAACGCGAGGCGUUUUGUCCGUCGCUCUGCUUUACCCUUUGAUGCAGAGAAAUACACAGGGUUUGUGGCAAAAGUGAAUUGCACCAGCAGUGCACCGACACCAGCUCUUUUAAGCUUCAGGAUCAACAACCAUACUGCAAAAACCGUAGAAACACCAGUGGUUUGUGAGAGAAGAGAAUGUAAGAUACGCAGGUGUUGGAUUCAGAGACCUGGUCGCAGAACCAAUAUUUUGUACAAGAAAAAGGCAUUAUCUUUUUACCUCUUUGUCAGGUUGGACACAGAAUGCCACAUUGGCAUAUCUAUCAAACCACUUUGGAAAGUCUACCGUGUUAAGGACACAARAACUGAGCCAGACUGGUCAAAUCCAAUAGACAGUUCUGCACUGUAUGGCACAGAUAUGAUACAUUUAACUGUUCCCAGUAAUACUUUAGAUUUUGGGUUGUAUCUGUUUUAUUUCAGUGUUGAGGUAGUCCCRAUUAUGACCUCAACAGUUCUCAAGGCCUAUGAUUACAUUUAUGUUCAGAUUGAGAGAGCUGAUUUAGUAGCAAAUAUUUCAGGAGGCCCGGUCCGCACAGUGGAUUUUGCUGAGAGCUGGACUCUUGAUGGUUCUGAAUCCGCUGAUCCUGAUCCACAGGGGGGACCAUUGACAUUUACUUGGUACUGCACUAGAGACUUCGCAGACUAUAACACCAUGAAAUUUACCCCGAGAAACAGAUGCCAUCCACUCCAGAAGGAUUUGAGAUGGAUAAAACACUCAGGUCCUGUUCAAACGAUACCAGCAGAAUCCCUCCCAGGAAGCACCUUAUAUUACUUUCGCCUGGUGAUYCAAAAGGGCCAUAGGGUGAGUCAUGCUGAUCAAAUUGUAGAGGUGAAUCCUGGCCCCCCACUCAUUCUGGAUGUGAAAUGCCUUGAAAACUGUGGUAGAUCUGUAAUUCCAACAGAGAGAUUUGCCAUAUCUGGAAAAUGCUCAAACUGUAAACCAAAAAGCAAGCCACUAUACUACUGGUCCCUCUAUUCAGACACCUCUAAAGAAAUUAAUUUUGAUUGGGACUCCAAAACAUCAACGGGGAGGACUGGGGCUUACGUAUCUAUAAAUGCUCUGACUUUCACAAAGCCUACAUAUCGACCCUAUGCACUUCACUUAAGAGUAACUACCUGGGAUGGUAGGACCACAUCUGACAGAAAAUCCUUUAUGAUAAAUAAUGCRCCUCGGCGUGGGAGGUGUUACAUUAGGCCACGCCGCGGUGUAGCCUUUGAGACAAAAUUUGUUGUUAAAUGUGGAGGAUUUUCUGACAACCAUUUACCUCUGACAUACAAAGUGAUACUAGCUUCCAGAGUACCCCAUACUACCUCAAUAACUUCUGUGGUGCAAAACACAUUUGGCACAAUUCUGUACUUUGGUUCUCAGCCUAAAACUCCUCCGUCUUUUCUCCCAAUUGGAGGGUCCUCUCGCAGGCCUCGCAGAACUUUGAAACUCUACGUUCAAGUCCGUGAUGCCUUCGGGUCAUUUACUCAGGUGGAUUUACAUGUCUACGUAAGGAAGCCACAUAAAACUCAAUCCCUUUCAGUUGUGUUUUAUGAACUGCUGGCUUCAGCAAGUCAUUUAACUGCGUCGACAUCUGGGCGGACUGGGGAUCGUCUUAGGGCUGGUUAUUUGGUUUAUCUGGCAGCCKCACUCUUAAACUAUAUUCGAGAUACACCAAGUCCCCAGCUCCCUCAGGCUAAGCUUCGGGAAGCCGUGGUUAAAGGAGCCGUGAAUAUUUCAGCAAACAGCAUCAUGGAAGUCAACCAAGUAGUGGCUGUUCUUACUGAAGUCACAGAAUUAGUUGAUAAAAUGAAUGUUAGGUCACUAGACCUUGCCAUUGGGAAACUGACAGAAGUAACAGGAAAUUUGAAGGUACAGAGGAGUAAGACCCAUUGGUCUGAGGAAGCAGAAAUUCAGACCAGUGGAAUAGUAAGAUGCUUGUCUAACGUCCUGAGAGCUGAUCUUCUGAGUUACAACAAUGCAAGUGCAAAUGCAAUUCCACAUGUUUUCUCCAUCAUGGAUAGUGUAACAGAUAUAAUUUUCCGGGGAAAAGUCCCUGAAGAAAUGGAAACACUAAUAGAAACAGGACGCUGGAAUAUCACUCUGAAGAAAAAUGAAGCCUGGAAUAUUACACAAAUUCCUGCCAUAGACGACUGCCAGAAUUGCUUUUAUCCUACACCGAAAAAAGCAGAUGGUUCAGAAUUGACUCAGGAUACUGUGUUUUCCACUGCCCUUGUUGAGUUUGAUGAGAGCCCCUUCCCUUGGUUAGACUACACACCAGAUAUCAUCUCAAUGGUCUUGGGGUUUAAAGUGGCAGAGACUAGGCCUGAUGGAGAACUACUUCCAGUCAUGCCUGAUAGAUCAGACGCUUUUCUUAUCAGGAAAGGUGGACUUACAACUAUUCAUUUAGUAAUGGGACCUGAUAAAACAGAAGCUUACACAACUGGAGGAUUUUCUCUUGAGAUCGAUAAACCUUCCUCGAACAUAUACUUCCAGAUCAUCACAAAAUUAAAAGCUGCUAUCAAGGUGCUGAUAUUUGUAGGUACCAAUCUCACUCACACUCAGCCCGUGGCCUCUUUUACUGCUUUUCACGACAUGCCAACAGUUGCAAAAGGCGAUGAGGACGCCAUGGCUGACUGUARCAGUAUGGGUCCCUAUGUUGUCUGUCUCCCAAGCACCCUGCUGACAAACAUAGUGCAGGAAGCUGGUGGAGGCACUCAGAACAUCUCCAUUAUCUUGGAGACACGCUAUGUCCUAAGGUAUCCAAAUCGGAAACUGCUGGGCAUAUACAUYUUUAAUGACCAGUGCCUAUUUCUGGACGGGCCUGCAAGUCAGUGGAGCAAAGACAAAUGUGUGGUUGGCCCCUUGACCGACUGGGAGAAGAUACACUGUAUCUGUCUCUCCGGGCUGCGUAAAAGGAGUUUGCCAGUCCCUUCUCCAUCCAACAUCAGGUUCCUGGCAGUCAAAGUCGUAGUUCUUCCCAACACAGUAGAUCUGGGGAGAAACCUGAUAGCAGACAUACCUAAAAACCCACUAACCCUCAUAACAGUGCUCUGCAUUUUUGCCCUCUACUUACUUUUAUGCUGCUGGGCCAUCAGAAGGGACAGGCUUGAGAAGGAGAUCAAGUACAUUGUUGUUCUGCCAGACAAUGAAGCCUCUGAUCAAGGGAUCUUUUUGGUCACUUUGUACACAGGYAGUCGCUUCAAUGCUGGGACCAAAGCAGAGGUGUUUCUGCAGCUCAUCGGCCAGCAYGGCAGGAGUAAAUUCCGUUGUUUAUGGCACCAGCCUUCUCCAGCUUUCCAACGGGGAGGCAUUGAUUGCUUUCUGGUAACUACUAGGAAAAACUUGGGAGAUAUUCGUUCCUUCAAGGUCAGRCUCAAUAAUGAGGGCAAAUCUCCAACCUGGUUUUUGAGCAGAGCUGAAGUUGAGGACAUGUCCACUAGGAAGGUCUGGUUCUUUAUGUGCAGAAAAUGGAUUUUUCUUGACAAGGACAAACCCUUACGAGACUGGAAAUUUUCUCCCAUAGACACUGAGACACCUCUACAGAAAUAUGACUAUUUUCUUAUUAAUUUUAACAGGAGACUGACAGAGUACCAUCUGUGGCUCUCAAUUUUUGCUCCUGUUAUUGCUGGGKCUUUCACCAGGUUCCAAAGGUUGUCUACGUUUUUAGCAGUAAUAUUAUUCACCUUGCUUGUUAAUAUUAUGUUCUUUAAUGCUGAAAAGAGUGAAGAAGCUCCAAUAUACCUGAGGCAUUUGAGAUCAAUAGCAGUAGGAAUUGAAUGUGCUUUGCUUACCCUCCCAGUGGAAAUGUUAAUUAUUGCCUUAUUUAAGUAUUCCCAGAAGGACCCUCCUCCUGUUGUGACUAAGAUGUACCCAAAGGUAGAUUCUAGGUACUGGAAUAAUUGCAUAAUACGCGAAGAAGAUGCAAAUGUAAUUGAGACAGAGGAGGACACCGUAACUGUGAAUUCCCCUCGAUCGGGUAAAAGGUCCCAGAAGUUAGAUUCCGGUUUGGAAGGGAGCUUCCUAGUAUCCAAAGGUAAGAUAUUAAUCACUACCAUCAGGCAGCUUUUCAAGAUCCGGGACACUGAGCCCCCGCUGUGCUGGUGGUGUUUCUGUGUGGCCUGGGGACUGGUUCUGGUUAUAACUGUGCUCUCAUCCUUCUUCAUUGUGCUCUAUGGUUUGUCCUAUGGCUACCAGACUUCCCGAGAGUGGCUCAUAGCAUCUGGAACCUCCAUUCUUCAGAACAUAUUUUUCAAUUCAAUUCUGAAAUCCUUACUUUUCUCAGCUCUGAGYGCAAUGCGUCCAAAAUACUCUGAAGACAUCAGAUGGGUAACUCAGGAAAAGCAUGUGGAGAUUAACAAGGCUGAAGAAACUAGGUGGGAUAGCUGAAACUUGCUGAUGUCAGAGGCACYAAGCAGUAUAAGCCUUUGGAAGCUUAUGAAGACAAACAUGCUGAAAAGAGCAAAAAUUAAAAUAAAGGUACUUAUWUCCAUGA